UCAUCAAACAAACAACUUCAAAGCAAAAACAAGAACCAUCUCUUGCUAAGAACUCCAAAAACAGAUCAGCUACAAUGUCAAUCUCAAGAGUUUGUCUCUGCCUAAUCUUUCUCACACUCGUCGCUUCCCCACUUGUGCUCUGCUCUCGCAGCCCGAAACUCGCAGCACCAUCAGCUGCAAUAGGGAAGAAGCUUGGGAAAGGACAUGUUCAUUCUCCCGCAAUGCUUGUUUCUGAGUCACCCAAGGUUGAUUCAUCAUCCUCCAUGACCAAGAUUGAUGAGCCUGCAACAAACUCUGCCAUAGCCGGUUUUUUCAGGUAUAGGUUCCCAUUCCAAGGCUGGCCUUUCCACAAGUAUGCUCCUUUUCCAAUGGGUACGCCUACGAAUCCUUCCUCCCCCGCAAGUGCAACACCGUCUUCUGGAUCUGCUGCUGCUGAGGAAGAGGAAUCCGAGAAGGUGCCUUCUACGCCAAGCAAAGGAAACAGAGAUGGAGGCAACGCGUAAUGAAUGAAGACAAGAAAUGUUUUCUACUAGAACCUUAUUGUGUUUUAAUGACUGUUGAAUCUUUCCUCUAGUUUUACAUAUUGUAACAAUAAAAUGUACCAUGUAUUAUAAAUGCUAUGUGACAUU